AUGUGUGCAUCAAGGCAUGAUUGGGAGGUCGUGUGCGUGGAGGCGGACAGCAACAUCAUGCUCGCGAUACGGCGCGCCCACAGCACGGCUGUUUCACUCGACGGCCGGCCUCAGAGACAAUCACUACGAAACACUGGGUAUCGCGACUACUGCCACGCAUACAGAGAUCAAAAAGUGCGAAGGAUACUUCAGGAUGGGUCAGAUGUGUACUGAUCAUGUGCAGGCAAUUCUAUAAGCUUUCCAAAGCCAACCACCCUGAUCUCCACCCGAACGACCCAGCGAAAGCGAAACAGUUUGUAAAGAUCAGCGAGGCGUAUGCGACGUUGGGAUCAGAAGAGAAGAAGGCUCGGUAUGAUCGAGACUUCAUGCGAGUGCAACAGGCGGGACCUACAAGUAGCCAUACACCACACGGUAGCCAUUCUUCAGCCACGACCGGACCGGGAGGUCGACCAGCCAGCGGUCUUAGUCGAAGACGCACGCAAUUUCAUGGUCCACCGCCGUCUUUCUAUAGGAGCGGAGGGUGGGGUGAGCACUCCGAGAAACGCAGUGAGCACGCAUCCAAGGCCUCCCACAGCCACGAAGCAAGAGGAGAAUCGGCGAGUGGACCCGCAGGACCAGGUAUGGGACCAGGAGGCUUUGCGCAGGGAGUGGAUAAUGAUGUGCCCCAUUUCGACAACCGCGCGCAUACACGCACACACAGCGAGAUAGAGCGGAAUAGACACCGGACACGACGGAAGCGAGCGGUGCGAUAUGAAGAGGCGGAUUUGGGCGGCGGGAGCAGUUCGAUCUUCAAUUUCUUUGUGAUAUCCGGUUUGCUGGGGUCCAUUGCUCUGUUCUCCUCGGCUGCCUAUGGAGCAGCUGUACCAAGCCAGAAGAAGCAAUCAAACGACAGUUGA